ACGGCCGCUGCGGCCAGCAGCGACACGGCCGCUUCCCGCGGGCGGCGGCAACAAAGGGCCCUUCCUCCCCCCCCCUCCUCCUCCUCCUCCUCCUGCUGCUGCUGCUGCUGCUCCGAGCCGCCGCCGCCGCCGCCGCUCCGAGCCGUCCUUGCGGCAGGAAGAUGCCCGGGGAGGUGCCGCCGCCGGCGCCCCGGGGGCUGCGGCGCCUGGCGCUGCUGCUGCUGCUGCUGCUGGGGCUGCGCGCCCGCACCGCGCUGGCCCAGCGCUGGCGCAAUGAGAACUAUGAGAGGCCAGUGGACCUGGAAGGCUCUGGGGAUGAUGAUCCCUUUGGAGACGACGAAAUGGAUGAUGUCUACUCAGGCUCUGGCUCAGGAUAUUUUGAGCAAGAGUCAGGACUUGAAACAGCAGUGAGCCUCACCACGGACACAUCCAUCACGCUCCCCACCACUGCGGCCCUGCUGCCUGUCACAUUGGUGCAGCCUGUGGCAACCCCCUUUGAAAUGCUCCCUGCAGAGGACACCACUCCUAUGCAGACGACCAGCAUCUUGUAUAUCCCCAGGAUGACAGAGGCACCAGUGAUCCCCAGUUGGAAAGUAACCACAACCAGUACCACAGCCAGAGACUCCCCCAGUACAACAACGACGACGACCACCACAACCGCUGCCAGCACCACCACCAUGCCCACCGCCAAACCCACCACCAUCCGGAGGUUCCUACCCCCCUUUGUCACCAAGGCAGCCACCACCCGGCCCACCACCCUAGAGACGCCCACCACCUCCGUCCUUGAGACCAGCACAGCGACAGAGCUGGCCACAUCGCGACUUUCCCCUUCCAGCACAGCCAAGCCCAGGUCUCUGCCAAAACCAAGCACCUCCAGGACUGCAGACCUCACUGAAAAAAGCACUGCGUUGCCAUCCAGCCCUGCCACGCUGCCACCCACAGAAGCCCCCCAGAUGGAGCCGGGAGAGGUGUCGACGGUGCUCAACAAUGAGCUGGAAGUCCCGGUCAGUGGCGGCCCCAGCGGGGACUUUGAGAUCCGGGAGGAGGAAGACACGACUCGUCCCGAGCUCAAUAACGAGGUGAUGGCUGCAGCGACGCCUCCGUCGGGGCCCGGGCUGGGCAGGAACGCCGAGCCCGGGCUCAUAGACAAUACGAUAGACUCUGGCAACUCCGCCGCUCAGCUCCCACAGAAAAACAUCCUGGAGAGGAAAGAAGUGUUGAUAGCGGUGAUUGUGGGUGGCGUGGUGGGAGCCCUCUUCGCUGCCUUCCUGGUCAUGCUGCUCAUCUACCGGAUGAAGAAGAAGGACGAGGGGAGCUACACACUGGAAGAGCCGAAGCAGGCGAAUGUGACAUACCAGAAGCCUGACAAGCAGGAGGAGUUCUACGCGUAGAGACGAGAGCCCACCAUGCCUCGCGCUCCCUGCCUUCCUGCCUCAAACUUUCUCUCCUUCUCUACUACAUCCAAUCUCUCUCUCUUUUUCUCUUUCCUGGAUCAGACUGUGAAUUUAAAAAGAAAGUGAACAAACAAACAAAAAAAGAAAGAAACAAAACCACAAUGGCUAAAAGAGGAAGCAGAUCUUUGAUGUGAGAAAAUCAAUUGUCCAGAGCACCACCAAGUUUAGACCAAGUACUACUAACCUUUCUCCAGUGGAAGGGACGGGGUGAGGAGCAAAUGGCCAAUGCAACUGUGCCUCCGAGACCACUCUGACAAGUGCAUACGUGGGUGGUCAUUUUGCUGACAGUGGCUGGAGUUCACUGGGCUUUAUCAACCAAUACAUUGGACGCUGGGAUCCGGAUACCUAUUACCAGUCUAGGGGUGCAGAGGGGUUGGUUUGGAUUUAUCUUCCUUUUUAUUUUUCCUCCUUUGGAAAGGAGGGAGGUUUCUUUCUCUCUCUUUUUUAUGUUUAUUUUUGUAUGAGGUUGGUUGCUUUGCAGGAAUAACCUUGCUCCAUACUUCUAUUUGGCAAAAAGGAUACAAUUGUCAAGUACAUUUUGAACUGUGAAAAAGCACAAGGGGCUGGAAUACCUGAUGCCCCGGGGUUUGCUCUCAGAGUGGAGGAAAAUAAAUAAGUACAUACAUGGCCAGUAUGCUGGAAACGAUCUUUUUGAUCACUUCUUCAGAGAGUUCAUGGAGCAGCAAGAAGCCCUGUUUUGUAUCUCGUCCUGCUCCUUUCCUGCCACCUCCUCACUUCACUGCAUUGCUAUGUAUCGCUGGAGACCUGCAAUCUAUAGAAACUGCGUGUCAUCAGCUGAUGAGGGGUUUGGUUGAAAAGGGACCUUACUUUUGCUGGAUUUUCACUGUGACCAAUAAAACCCAGCUUGUACAGUAUGACCGACAUCACUGGUUUGCAAAUGGAGCUGGGACAUUGCUUGGUGGGGAACUGGCAGGGGAAAGAAAUAGAAACUGGAAGGCUGAAUCCUCUCCUGGGUUCCUCCGAACGGGCUCAUGACUCACAAAGCUCAGCAAGCCAUGGUGUGCGGCAGUAAUAACAGAAUUGAAAAGCGUGGAGGCAAUACCCUCUCAUCUCCCGUGCCAGGGUUGGGGCCUGGGUCAUGCCAGGAGACGGGUGCUCUUAGACGUUGUAAGAGGCUAGGCAGCGAGAGGGGGCUUUGCAGAGGGCGGUUUGACUGCUGGGUCUCUCCUUUGUGAAGCCCACGAUUGAUGUGUUUCUAUGACAGUCUUUUGUUGUUCUUUAAAUUCCGGCGUAAACCAUCUGGCUGCGCGCUGUCACCUCCCGUUGACUUCCGAAGGGCUGUCGAUCGGUUCCUCCGUGCCCGGGAGCCAGUGAGAAAAAGAUCCCGGGAGCAAUCACCAACCCGGCUAAAGCGUUUUCCCCUCUGAGGCUACGUAAUGUGCAAAGCAGCUGGGCCUGAUCCAGAGCCCAACUUGCAGCUUCUGGAAAGACUAUGUUUUGGAGGGAGCCCUCUGCACAGAAAAGUCAAUUGGAUAUUUUAAUUAGUUGACUUUUAAUUAGCUGAAGCGCUGUUUACGGUGCAGUCGAGGAACUUUUUGUUUUAAUGAUGGUUGUGAUCUUGAUGGUGUCCUGCGGAGACCUUGACUUUGCUCUUACAGCAAUUUGAACAGAAAAAAAAAAGUAAAAAAAACCAGUUACUUUCA